CAUAGGUUUUCUUUUCAUCACGCACACCUGGUCCCCUAUUCAAACGAGUUAUCUGCUGACUUCCGCCGGGUUAUUAGGAUUAAAAUUGAAAAAAGACAACUGUAAAAAUUGUUAUCCAACAGCCCCAUUUUCUUUCUUGCCAAAAUAUAUACAGUAGUGUUUUGAUUUAGGUAGAUUUUAACUCGAUAGAAAUAAGGUAUGAGCAGGAACGUUGUUUCCACUCCGGCUGCUACGGAAGAGAGCUUUGACUUUCUACCAUGGACUAUACAAACAGUUAAAAGCCACAUUCUUCCUUCCAAGUCAACUGGAAACUCACCCAGUAAAGAUCGCCAUGCUGCUUUUCAUGAUCUAUCAAUCCCCCAUUUGCCUGACAUGGUGUUUCCCGAUAAUGUUUUAAGAAUUCAGCUCUCCAACGGCUCUGGAAUCGAAUUCAAUGCCUUGGAUGCCUUGAAGUUAGUAAAUGACAAGGAAGAUCUAGUCAAGGUUGCGAUAGCAGAAGCUUGGAAAGAAUCCAGAGCAGACAUGAAUGUAUCACACAAAGUAAGCCAUCCAUUUGACUGGACCUUUACAACAGACUAUCGGGGGACUGUCCUUGGAGAUUUGAAAGUCAGUGCAACCGACUUGAGGAUUGACAUGGAGAAACUGAAACAAAAGGAAGCCAUUCUCUUCUUUGAUGAAAUUCAUUUAUACGAGGAUGAGCUCGCCGAUCACGGUUGCGCCUCUUUCUCCAUCAAAGUGAGAGCCAUGCCAAGCGGAUUCUUUGUUUUAUUGCGUUUCUACCUGCGCGUCGAUGACGUCCUUAUCCGCAUCAACGACACCCGACUCUAUUACGAGAAAGAUAAUCAAUACAUUCUGCGUGAAUACACAUCAAAAGAGAGCAAGGCUAAGGACCUCAAGGUCCCUCGCGUCUUCUGGGGUGAUCCCAACGAAAUUUCUCAACACUUGUCGCUCUCUCAUUCACUCUACGAAAAACUGGAAUUUUAGAACACACAUACAAAAGCAUUCACGACUAAUAGCACGUUUACUUAUUGUCGAAAAAACGAUUCGCUCUCACAUUACAUUGCAUCUUUUCCCUUU